AUGUCAAUCAAGUUUCUCAACAGUGGAAAGUAUUGUCCCUUAGGGGAGGGUUUUAUCUCCAGCUAUGCAGAGAGCCAUUUACAAUUCACAGAGGGAAACGCUCGACCAUAUGUGGAUGUACGACCACCCAUCAAGAGGCGACGUAAGUGUCUCACCCUUCAUAAAUCCGAUGUCUAUAGUUACGGAAUGAUGGUUCUUGAAAUGGUCGGAGGAAGAAAAAAUAUCAAUGUUGAAGUGUCCCAAACUAGUGAAACAUAUUUCCCCUCAUGGAUUUAUAAGCAUCUUGAUCAAUCUAUGAACCUGAAUAUUAAUGAAGAAAGAACAAAAGAGGAAGAAGAAAUAACAAAGAAAUUGAUUGCAGUGAGCCUUUGGUGCAUUCAAACCAAUCCAUUAGAUCGACCGCCAAUGGCUAAAGUAAUGGAAAUGUUGCAAGGGAGUCCUCAAUUAUUAGAACUGCCGCCACGACAGACUUAA